AUCAAUGUGCGCAACAGCAGACGUUUUAAACUUCUAUCAAAGGGUUCACAUCGGCAAACGGUUUCUAACUUUACCUAUGCGCUUUCUGUUGCUGCUGUUGCCUCAUUGUUGUGCCACUAAGUUACGCAAAGCGCGUUGCAAGCUUACCGUUGCCGUUAAUUCGAAUUUUUCGAUAUAAAUAGCUGCCACAGCCAACGAGAAUACAUCAAAGUAACAGCAGCAACAGUUAGUGCAGCAUCAGUGUUAGCGUCGCAAACCAUAAAAAUGAAAUAUCUGCAAAUUUUCUUCCUCGUCAUCAUUUGUGUGGCGGCAUGCCUAUCAGCGGUUGCCGAACCAGAGGAUGCUAGUGCCUUGGAGGAUAAAAAAAACAAUAAACGUGGUAUCUUCGGCUUCGGUUACGGACACGGCUAUGGUCACGGUUAUUAUGGCGGCUAUGGCGGCUACGGUGGCGGUUACGGUGGUGGCUUUGGCCAUUACGGUGGUUAUCCACAUUAUGGCGGUGGUUAUGGUUUCCACGGUGGUCCAAUCUACGGUGGACAUGGCUACUUUCCUUAUCAUGGUGGUUACUAUGGCGGCUAUCAUUAAGUGCCACAAAAGCACUUACAAACAUACAUUUAUAAAUCAAUUGCAUAGCUUAAUAUCGACACUAACGCCAUGAAGUGCGCGAUUAUAACGGUUCUUGUUUGUGUAAAAUUUUGAAUUUUCAACAUAAAAUAAAGAUUUUUAAUAAAAAAAUA